GCAGCAGUAGAGAGAGGUCGCUGAAACACUGUGGUGUGUGUUCUCGUCCCUGCUGGCCAGGGUACGAGUAGGGAGCUGGUCUCCCCAGACAAAUCCAUCUCCACCAUUAACCUUCCACACUUUAUAAUACACCCCGACUAUGAGCAAAAUGCAGAUGUCUGAGGAUGAAUAUCAGGUCUCCACAAGGCAUAACUCGAUGCAGGAAUAUGUAAAGGAGUUCACCCGUCACUCCAAUGACGUCUUACUGAACUUAAAUGAGCUACGGCAUCGCGACAUCCUGAAUGAUGCCACCCUGCUGGUGGGCAGUGCCCGUCUGCGCGCCCAUUGUGCUGUGCUCACAGCAUGCAGUGGCUUGUUCUACUCACUGUUCUCCCACCAUAAGACCAGUGCAGCUGGUGAGCAAGGGGUUUCUGUGUCACUGCCGGAGGGGCUGGAUGCGGGCAGUGUGGCAUUGCUGCUGGACUUCAUGUAUACUUCCCGCCUUCCUCUCAGUCCUGACACAGCCCCUGGAGUGCUUGCAGCGGCCACCUACCUGCAGAUGGAGCAUGUUGCUGACACCUGCAGAGUAUUCCUAAAAAACAGUAAAGAUCUCUGUCCUCCUGAGGUGGAACUGGUCUCCACAAACACUGGGGGUAGAUCUCCAAACCAUCCCUCCUUUUCUUCACUGCCCUCCAUACCUGCUGUCGACACAAAAGAACCAAGCCCUGCCAAAGCCAGGGUUUCAAGAGAAAACUUUUUACAAGUAAGUUCAGUUUCCAGCUCUCAGCGCUUAAAAGUGGAGGAAGCUGAAUCUUCAGCUUUGUCUCAUAGCCCCCCAUCUCCAGACAGUCCCUCUCAGUGCAGUGGCCAGCCAAAUUCACCAGUUGAGUCUAGUAGCUGUACUUUUCCCCCUAAACCGAAGCAAUGUUCUGAAUCCAGGCUUUUGCCAGACCCUAAGGCCUGUAACUGGAAGAAAUAUAAAUAUAUUAUCCUAAACCCUCUUUGUGCCUCAUCCAUUAAAGAGGAGGAGUGCGGGGAGGACCAACAAAUGUUUGACCACUCCCCCUCUACCACAAAUCAAACAAAUAUCUCACCCAAAACAACCAAUAAGGCAUGGUUGGUUACUGGACCACAACUAAAGGAUAAUGGACAAGACCUGUCUCGUGAUUGUGACAGUCCUCGACUGAAAGUAGAUGCUUCCUUUGGGGGCCUCUUACCACAGACAGCAGACAUUUACAGGGAAUCCCUAGCCACAGUUUCUAAAGAUUGCAGAGGAAUGUGCUCUCCAUAUCACCACCCAUAUCCUUCAGUGCUAGAGGCAUCCAAGCAGAAUGCUCAUCCUUUUGGGAAGCUUUCAGUCAAACUGGAACAUCAGUCCCCAGUGAUCUGUUAUUCAGGAACUCAAGGGAACACAAAGUCUACCAGCUCAGAAAAACCAUAUCGCUGCAAUGUGUGUGGAGCUCAGUUUAAUCGGCCAGCCAAUCUGAAGACCCAUUCCCGCAUUCAUUCAGGAGAAAAGCCAUAUCGCUGUGACACAUGUGGUGCUCGAUUUGUCCAGGUUGCUCAUCUGCGUGCCCAUGUUUUAAUCCACACUGGGGAGAAGCCAUACCCCUGCCAAACAUGUGGAACACGUUUCCGUCACCUGCAGACACUGAAGAGCCACCUGCGCAUUCACACAGGGGAGAAACCAUACAGUUGUGAGAAGUGUGAUCUGCACUUCCGCCAUAAGAGCCAGCUAAGACUGCAUCUAAGGCAGAAGCAUGGUGCCAUAACCAACACCAAGAUCCGCUAUAAUGUUCUGGCUAAUCCAUACCAAACUGCAUAAACCAUAUUGCAGACCUUUC